CGCCCGGGAGCCGAGGAGAGUAAAUACAACAGGAGCGCAAAAUGGCGGAACCGCCGAGCCCCGUGCACGGCGCUGCCGCUGCCGUCUCGGAGAAAGAACCGUUUGGCAAAUUGCAGCCCCCAUUCCGGGAGCCACCAGGUCCUCUGUCGGCCAAGAAGGUCCGGACUGAGGAGAAGAAGGCGCCGAGGAGACUGAACGGAGAAGGGAGCAGCGGCGGGAACAGCAGGCAGCUGCAGCCGCUGGCGGCACCUUCGCCUCAGAGCUAUGGCAGCCCUGCGUCUUGGAGCUUUCCCGGUCUGUCUGCUGCCUCCUCCCCGUCCUCUGCUCGGAGCAGUUUCUCUUUUUCCGCUGGCACCGCGGUCCCUUCGUCAGCCUCUGCUUCCUCAUCUCAGCCGGUGCCGCGCAAACUGCUGGUCCCUCCUACGCUGCUGCACGCUCAGCCUCACCAUCUCUUGCUCCCGGCCGCCACCUCCUCGGCCAACGCCAAGCCGCGCCGACCCAAGGAGAAGCGAGAGAAGGAAAGGAGGAGGCACGGCCUCGGCGGGGCAGGCGAGGCCAGCGGGGCCGCCCGGGAGGAGAACGGGGAGGUGAAGCCGCUGCCGCGAGAUAAAAUCAAAGACAAAAUUAAAGAGAGAGAUAAAGAGAGAGAGAAAAAGAAGCAUAAAGUAAUGAAUGAGAUCAAGAAAGAAAAUGGAGAAAUAAAGAUUUUGCUGAAAAGUGGGAAGGAGAAACCAAAAACAAAUGCAGAAGACUUACAAAUUAAAAAAGUAAAGAAGAAAAAGAAAAAGAAACACAAAGAGAAUGAAAAACGGAAGCGUCCAAAAAUGUAUAGCAAAUCUAUUCAAACCAUCUGCUCAGGAUUGCUAUCUGAUGUUGAAGAUCAAGAAGCCAAAGGCAUCCUAAAUGAUAAUGUAAAGGAUUACAGUGGAAAGAAUUUGGAUACCAAGAACUAUGAUUCCAAAAUUCCAGAGAACAGUGAGUUUCCAUUUGUCUCAUUAAAGGAGCCACGGGUUCAGAAUAACCUCAAAAGGUUGGACACGUUGGAGUUCAAACAGCUCAUUCAUAUUGAGCACCAGCCUAAUGGAGGCGCAUCUGUUAUCCACGCCUACAGUAAUGAACUCUCCCACCUGUCUCCUGUGGAGAUGGAGAGGUUUGCAGAAGAGUUUGUGGGUCUAGUGUUCAGUGAAAAUGAAAACUCUGCAGCUUUCUAUGUAAUGGGUAUUGUUCAUGGGGCAGCUACUUAUUUACCUGACUUUUUAGACUACUUUUCAUUUAAUUUUCCCAAUUCACCAGUGAAAAUGGAGAUAUUAGGAAAGAAGGAUAUAGAGACAACGACUAUGUCCAAUUUUCAUGCUCAGGUAAAAAGAACAUAUUCUCACGGUACUUACAGAGCUGGCCCAAUGCGACAGAUCAGCUUGGUGGGAGCAGUUGAUGAAGAAGUGGGAGAUUACUUCCCUGAGUUCCUUGACAUGUUGGAAGAUUCACCAUUUUUAAAAUGUACACUGCCAUGGGGGACACUAUCUAGUCUAAAAUUAGAGAGUCGAAAAGACAGUGAUGAUGGUCCCAUCAUGUGGGUGCGCCCAGGAGAACAAAUGAUCCCUGUGGCCGAUAUGCCAAAGUCACCUUUCAAAAGGAAAAGAACUACCAAUGAAAUAAAAAACCUGCAGUACCUACCUCGAACCAGUGAGCCCCGGGAGAUGCUCUUUGAAGACAGGACAAGAGCCCAUGCAGAUCAUAUAGGACAAGGUUUUGAACGACAGACUACAGCUGCUGUUGGAGUGUUGAAGGCUGUGCACUGUGGAGAGUGGCCUGCUCAACCCCGAAUAACCAAAGAUGUAAUUUGUUUUCAUGCUGAAGAUUUCUUAGAAGUAGUUCAACGAAUGCAGUUAGAUUUACAUGAACCUCCACUGUCCCAGUGUGUCCAGUGGGUUGAUGAUGCAAAACUUAAUCAACUGAGGAGGGAAGGCAUCCGUUAUGCCAGAAUUCAGCUGUAUGAUAAUGACAUUUAUUUUAUUCCAAGGAAUGUUGUUCAUCAGUUCAAGACAGUUUCAGCUGUAUGCAGUUUAGCAUGGCAUGUUCGGCUCAAGUUAUAUCACUUAGAGGAGGACACUGUACAGAAUACAGCUACUCAUGAAACAGGCACAUCCCCAGAUACCACAUCAUCAGUUUUUGGACCUCACACUGACCACAUGCUUUGUGCUAUAAGCAAAACCUCCUUGGAUUCUAAUUUUUCAGACAAACUUCAUUCUAAAUCUGAACUGCAGCAGAUUAAACAUGAACCUAUUCCAUCUGUAAGAAUCAAGGAAGAACCUGUGAAUGUUUAUAUUCCUGAAAAGACUAGAGCACCGAAUAUGGAUGGCAAGAAUGUUAAAGCAAAAUUGGAUCAUGUUCAAUUUACAGAAUUUAAGAUUGACGUGGACUCUAAAUUUGAAAAUACCAACAAAGAUUUAAAGGAAGAAUUAUGUCCUGGAAGUCACAUAAGUCUAGUUGAUACAAGACAACCUAGUUCAGCACAUUCAAAUCAAGAUAGAAAAGAUGAUGACAUUUUGUGCUGAAUUUGUACAUACCAUUUACAAUUCUUUUUUUUUUUUUUUUAAGUUAAUAAUGUAAUAAAGAUUCAUGAAUUCUGAAAGCAA